AAUCUUCUCAUUAGGAACUAAGAAUCCAACACGCAAAUCACAUGACAUUUCUUCAAAAAAAUCUUCUUCAAGAUCAUAACAGACUAGCAGGAGGGAAAAAGAUUACGAGUACCUAAGGAAUUUGGCCUUAACCUGGACCAAGCCAUCUUCAAAUUGAAUCUCCCACACAAAACAUAAUCUAAUAGUAUAUUUUAGAGAGAAAGAAAGCGAGAGAAAUGACUCGAGAGUUACAAGGAAGGAUGAGUACCUUAACCUUAGGUAGUAUGGAAUUGGAAACUGGUAAGUCUACCGCUGCUCCUCAUGAUGGUGAUGAUAGCUCAAAAAGAAAAGGAACGUGGGUGACUGCUAGUGCACAUAUCAUAACAGCAGUUAUUGGUUCAGGAGUUUUAUCUCUUUCGUGGGCCGUUGCUCAGUUAGGCUGGAUUGCUGGUGUCGGUUCCUUGUUAGUCUUCUCUGUCGUCACUUGGGCAAUAAAAAGAUCAGGUUGCUUUCACAAGAACGGGCAUGAUGCAGGCUGUCAUGUCAAAAACAACAAGUAUAUGAUCAUCUUUGGCAUCAUAGAGAUCAUAAUAAGCCAAAUUCCCAACUUUCACGAGCUAUCAGGGCUCUCCGUGGUUGCUGCAGCUAUGUCCUUUGCAUACUCCAUCAUAGGCCUCGGUCUCUCCAUAGCCAGAGUUGCAGAAGGGACUCAUGCUAGGACAAGACUAACAGGGACAACCGUGGGAGUGGAUGUGACAAGGGCACAGAAGAUUUGGAAUUCCUUCGAAGCCCUCGGAGACAUUGCCUUCUCUUAUGCUUUUUCUGCUGUCCUGGUUGAGAUACAGGACACAGUCAAAUCAAGUCCACCAGAAAACGAAGCCAUGAAGAAGGCUGCCUCUAUUGGGGUCUCAAUCACCACCCUGUUCUACAUCUCGUGUGGAGUUUUGGGAUAUGCAGCAUUUGGGAACGAUGCACCGGGCAACUUCCUAACAGGAUUUGGUUUUUACAACCCCUACUGGCUUAUUGACCUAGCUAAUGUGUGCAUUAUUGUUCAUCUUGUGGGAGCUUACCAGGUAUUCUGCCAACCACUAUUCGAGCGUGUGGAAAACUGGUGCUUUAAACGGUGGCCAAACAACAGUUUCAUAAAGCAAGGGCGCCCAAUUAACCUUCCUUUGUGUGGGGUUUACCAUUUCAGUGCCUUCAGGCUUGUAUGGAGAACAGCUUAUGUGAUAAUGACUGCCGUUGUGGCGAUGAUAAUCCCAUUCUUCAACGACAUUCUUGGUCUACUUGGUGCUGUUACAUUCUGGCCAUUGACCGUGUAUUUCCCAAUACAGAUGCACAUAGCAAGAGAAAAGAUUCAACCAUAUAGUUGGAAAUGGAUAUGGCUAAACGUCUUGGUCGUGCUCUGCUUGAUUGUAUCACUUCUUGCAGCUACUGGUUCCAUUCAAGGAAUUGUUAAGGAUCUCCGUCACUUUAAGCCUUUCACCUCUGUUUCCUAAUGUCUGCCUCUCCAUCCUCCUUUUAUAAGACAAAUAAAAGGUUAAGAGGAUAUUUUCUUAGGAAAUUUACGUAGCAUCGGUUGAUAGGAAAUAUAGGCUAAACUCUUAAUUUGUUUAAUUUGGGUGAUUGUUUAAUUUUGGAAUAAAUGUUUUAAAUUAUAUAAUUA